CCCCUACUGGGGUGAUUUGGCGCAGAGCGGAGGAGGUGCUUGCUCCUGCUCCUGCUCCUCCCCUCUCCUUGCGGCCUCCCGGGGUCGGCCCUGUUCUUGUGGCCUGAAGUAGGAUGUGGAUGACGCCCAAGAGGAGCAAAAUGGAAGUCGAUGAAUCUCGGGUGUUCCGGGCCGAGUGGACCCAGCGUUACUUGGUGGUGGAGCCUCCGGAGGGCGAAGGGGCCCUGUGCCUGGUCUGUCGCCGCCUCGUCGUAGCCACCCGCGAACGCGACGUCCGGCGCCACUACGAGGCCGAGCACGACUACUACGAGCGGUAUGUGGCGGAGGGCGAGCGCGCGGCCCUAGUGGAGCGUCUGCGGCAGGGCGACUUGCCCGUGGUCGUCCCGCUUACUCCCGAGGAGAGAGCUGCUCGUGCAGGCCUCGGGCUCGCCCGCCUCUUGGCCUUGAAGGGUCGCGGCUGGGGUGAGGGGGACUUUGUGUACCAGUGCAUGGAGGUGAUGCUGAGGGAUGUCCUGCCCGAACACGUAAGCGUUCUGGAUGGCCUUGAUUUAUCGCCAGAGGUCACGCGGCAGAGGGUCCUGAACAUUAACAAGAAUCUACGCAGUCAGCUCUUUGACAGAGCCAAGGACUUUAAAGCCUAUUCCCUUGCCUUGGACGACCAGGCCUUUGUGGCCUAUGAGAACUAUCUCCUGGUCUUUGUCCGCGGCGUGGGCCAGGACUUGGAGGUGCAGGAAGAGCUUCUGACCAUUAUCAACCUGACUCGUCACUUCAGUGUUGGUGCCCUUAUGGCGGCAAUCCUUGAGGCCCUGCAAACAGCAGGGCUUAGCUUGCAGCGAAUGGUUGGCCUAACCACGACCCACACUCUGAGGAUGAUUGGUGAGAACUCAGGGCUAGUGUCCUACAUGAGGGAAAAGGCUGUAAGCCCCAACUGUUGGAAUGUUAUCCAUUAUUCAGGAUUUCUGCACUUGGAACUCUUGAGCUCCUACGAUGUAGACGUUAAUCAGAUCAUAAAUACUAUAUCAGAAUGGAUAGUUUUAAUUAAGACCAGAGGCGUUAGGCGCCCGGAAUUUCAGGCCUUACUAACCGAAUCUGAAUCAGAGCAUGGCGAAAGGGUUAAUGGACGAUGUCUGAACAAUUGGCUUAGAAGAGGGAAAACUUUAAAAUUAAUAUUUUCCCUGCGAAAAGAGAUAGAAGCGUUCUUAGUUUCAAUAGGGGCGACAACAGUCCAUUUCACAGACAAGCAGUGGCUGUGUGACUUUGGCUUCUUGGUGGAUAUUAUGGACCACCUUCGAGAACUCAGUGAACUAUUGAGAGUCAGUAAAGUCUUUGCUGCUGCUGCCUUUGACCAUAUCUGUACCUUUGAAGUGAAGCUGAAUUUACUGCAGAGACAUAUUGAGGAAAAAAAUCUAACACACUUUGCUGCCUUCAGAGAAGUUGUUGAUGAGCUUAAACAGCAUCUUAAAGAAGAUCAAAAAAUAUUUGAUCCUGAUAGGUAUCAAGUGGUGAUCUGUCGCCUUCAGAAAGAGUUUGAGAGACAUUUCAAGGACCUCAGGUUCAUUAAAAAGGACUUAGAACUUUUCGCAAAUCCUUUUAACUUUAAACCUGAAUAUGCGCCUAUUUCAGUAAGAGUGGAGCUAACAAAACUUCAGGCGAAUACUAACCUUUGGAAUGAAUACAGAGUCAAAGACUUGGGGCAGUUCUAUGCUGGAUUGUCUGCUGAAUCUUACCCAAUUAUCAAAGGGGUUGCCUGUAAGGUGGCAUCCUUGUUUGAUAGUAACGAAAUCUGUGAAAAGGCUUUUUCAUAUUUGACUCGAAACCAACACACUUUGAGCCAGCCAUUGACAGAUGAGCAUCUCCACGCCCUGUUUAGGAUUGCCACAACUGAAAUAGAGCCGCACUGGGAUGACCUUGUGAGAGGAAGAAAUGAAUCCAAUCCAUAAGCCUUGGUAGUACAACAUCGAGACAGUCAAAAGAGAAUCUCAUUCUAAAAGCAAACAUUUGUCCGAUUUUUCAAGUUAACUAAUUUGGAUUGUGUCAAAGCACCAAGUUUAUUCAUCCAAAUUGAUCACGAUUCAGAUUCUUCUGACAGAUGUUUUUAUCAUCUCAAGAGGCAGCAUGGGACUGAGACAUGCAAACACCUUUUUUUAAAAUUUAAUUUAAUGACAGAGUCAUUGUCUUUUGCUUUUAUGAUAUAAUUGUUUUUAAAGAAGUUCAGUACUGAUAAUGUGAGUUGAAUUAGAAGUCUGUUUUCAGAUAUUUUAAAGAAAUUUUAGGUUUUAUUUUAACAAAGUGUUUAAAUUCUGAUACAUAUGGUCUGAAGUUAUCAACUCCUUAAAUGUAUGUUUGAGCCAGUUUGCAGAAACUCAGGAAGUUCAGAAGUUUCUGAGAAGGAAGAACAUACAGUGGAGGUAUUUUGUCUAUCAAAAUGUUGAAGACUAUUUUUUUUAAUCUUUUCUGAGUCUGAAAUCAAUACUGACAGAUCUCCUUUCACACCCCCCCCACAACCUGCCCUAGCGAUAUUAUUACUAGUAGAAAAAAAUAAUCAUACAAAAUUUUAGUCAAAGGAGUAAGAAUUAUUUUUAAAUUGCUGGUUUAGAAGGCUUCCUGCAUUUUGGAGAUCAGACUAUCCAGCUAUUGGGGGUCUCCCCUGAAUUUUUCACAGUUGGGUGCUGUUUUAUCAGAUUGCCUAUUAAAGGACUGCGCAAAUUCAUGGAACAAGGAUAUAACCAACAAUUUAGAAGGAACUGAUGCCCGAGCAAUCAAAAGAGAUGCCAUGAGAGCUCAGGAACCAUAGUGGUGUCAGUGGUUCUCCACCAGAAGCAGUAAGCUCUCUUUCCAGAGGUUGUUAGAAAACGGGACAUUUUUGGUCGUUGGACUUACCUGGGGGGAUUCUGCUGGCAUUUAAGCAUGAAGAACAUCUCCCCCUCCCCUGCCUCCCCUCGCCCCCCCGCAGUGCAUAGGACAGCUGGGCACAAUGGAAUAUUAGCCUUCCUAAAGUGCCAGUAGAUCCCCUGUUGUAGAUUAUUUUAUUCCGAGGGACAGGGCAAAUUACCGGUAGAAGCAGAAUGAGAAAGGCCAAGUCAGGCAGACUGACACUACUCCAUAGGGUAGACUCAUUCCAGUGUUGCAGGUUUGACUGGUAAGGUGAGGUAAAGGCCUUGAUAGAUUCUGGUAGCUCAGUAGCAUUUUAAGUCAGUAGCUUGUAUUAAACCAGACGAAAAGACUCUAUUCUGUUAAACGGAAUUAGUGCAGAAAAGCAAGUAUUAACAAGCUAGUAAUCGAGAAUGGUCAAGUUGAGAUUUUCAGUGAACAGGGAGUAAGCUUAAAUAUGUGGAAAAACAACAAUGGAAACCCAACCCCCCCCCCACCAAUCUACCGGUAAUUUGCCAGCAGUUGGUGUUUUCUCUUUCAUGGCAAGUGCUUUUUUGAAAAAAUGUUUGGAGGACCUCCUUCUGCUUUCCUACCCUAGUUCCUUAAAAUACUGAAGUCUUGUACAUUUUGUGAAGUUCCACUAUAUAUUUUGCUUAAGGUAAUAAAACUAGUUUGCCUCAUGUAAUCACUGAGUUGGGAGGAGAUAAAAGCUAAGGAUUUAAAACUGACCCUAAAUAAUAGCGAAUUUGCUAUAAAUUAGUCUUGUUUGUAAAAAAGAAAAAUGUGUGUAUAUUACUGUUUUCUGUAUUAAGUAAUUCUGUAACUGCAUGGCAGUCUUUAAAUUUUUUUUUUAUUAUUAUUUACAAAAUAGUUGUUACUGGUCCUGUCGUAUUAGUGAAUAUAGUUAAAAUAAGUACUAUUUUUUAAAAACACUGUGUCCCUAUAUCUCCCUUUCCUAGUAGUUUUCUUAAAAGAUUUGUCUGUAUUCCCAGUCUCUCAGUGCCACCCCAACUGCUCUACCCAGCGAGAUCCUUGUCAGCAUUCUUACCCUCUUUGACACCACUGACUGCUCUUCCUUGAAGUGCUUACAUAUGUUGGCUUCAGGGGGUAGAUCUCUCUGCAGGUAUGCUUUCUCAGUCUGCUUCGUAGGUGCACCCCUUUCCCUUACAUGUUUGUGUUCUUUUGAUUUCAAAAUUCUGUUGUAGAGCUAUUUUCUACAUCGUCUUAGCUGCUCUCAUCCCUGUCCAUGGCUUCAUUUACCAUCUGUACGCAAAUGACUCCCACAUUCUGUCUCCUUUCUAGGCCUUUCCUAAUACAUGUAUCUAUCUAACUGCCAACUUAAGUCACUCUGCUGUCUCAUGGACUCCAUAGCAUGUCAUUGAUCUUGCCGCCAAACCUGCUCUUCUUCUGUUGCCUCUUUCAGUAGAUGGCACUGCUGCUACCAGUUGCCGUAGCCCAAGCCAAAAACUAAUCUAUCCAUGACCUUCAUCAUAUCCACUUGUGAAAACCUUUGUGUUAGGUCUACUGUCUCAAGUUUUUCUCACUUUUCCAGUGCUACCAUUCUAUUUCAGGCCAUCAGCCAACCUAAACUGUAGCAACAGCAUCCUUGUUAGUCUCUUUUUCUCUGUUUUUUUCUCUGGCAUUUUUUUAAUGCUGCAGCCAGAUGGUUCCAAGACAUACUUGGUCAUCUCUCUCCACUGCUUUCACCAUGGCAUAGGAUAAGAUACAAUUUCUGUUUAUCUUUGAGGUCUCAGUUUAAAUACCACUUCCUCUAGGAAAUCUUCACUGAUGCCCUCUAGACUAGCUGCCCCCACUGUGCACUCUCUAAAUGCCCUUUUCCUUUCCCAGCCAUACACUUGGCACAUUUCGUUGCUACUACUUACCGAUCACUGCUAGACUGUAAUUACGCUUUACCAGGGCAGGGACUGUGCCUUGCUAGUUAUUCUGUCUGUAGUGCUUAGCACAAUGCCUGGCAUUCCAAUAAAUGUUUGGAUGAAUAAA